AUUUGUGACACAAUUUUGUUAAUCUUUUAUUUUCCUGUAAAAAAUGCUAAUGGAUCUGAUAAAAAAAGAGAUAACCAAGCAUUUCUAUUAAGCUGUUUGUAUAUCCCGCGGUGUAGUGCUGAUAAGACAGCUGGUCAGAAUAUGCAUAAUUCUGAACUGAUAAAGAGGCUCUACGUCAGAGGUUCGUCCCAGUUAUCAGCAUCAGUUCUUUGUUUACAAUUGAGAUAUAGAGGUUACACACGUUUUUAAUGUAUAAUGGUCAACUGUGCUGCAUUUGGUUGCAACAACAAGGCAGGAAAGGGUAGUGGACUUAGUUUUUUCCACUUUCCAAAAGAUUCUAAUUUGAGGAAGCAGUGGAUUUAUUACUGCAGAAGGAAGGAUUUUACACCUGGAGAUGGACAUAGACUGUGCUCAGUACACUUUUCAAACAAGUGUUAUGAUCAGGAUCCUGAGAUUGUGAGUACUCUAGGCCUAGAGUACAGCUUUAGGAAACGUUUAAAACCUGAUGCUGUGCCAGAUAUACCCCUUUUGUUUGAAGAAGAACAAGGCAAUUCAGAAAAACCUAGUAAAGUGCGAGGAGCAUAUGCAAAACGGCAGCGAGCAGAGGUUCUAAAUGAAGCUUUGAAUGAAAGUUUGUCACUCCCAUUUGAUGAUUCUUUGGAAAAUAUAAGUAUCCCUGAAAACCUUUCCACAGAGCCCUCCAAAGAAACUAGAAACAAAAAAGUUCAGGUUGAUAUUCACCCUCCUCAACGCACAAGGUCCAAUCAGACAGACGAGCGAAUAGUUUCAUUGAAAGUAAAGCAGAGAUCAUUUGGUACCCAGACAGAUGACACAAUAACCCAAGUUCAAUCGAUUUCAUCAUUGUCACACCAAGUUAUGGAAGAUAUUCCAAGUGAUGAACUUGAAGAUAAUGAUGAAGAUUCAACUGAGGAAGAAGAGGAAGAUUCAGACGAGCUUUAUCUUCCAAAUGACUCUGACCUUGAAGUUGAUGAUGACGAGGAUGGUGAAGGGGAAGUUCAGACGGCGACUUACAAGUUAAGACAGGAUACAGCACCCAUGGAUGAGAAGCAGUUCUUAGUCAGUGAAACUGCACUAGCUGAAUUGUUGUCUGUAUGUCGCUACUGUAGUGCAGAAUGUACACCUGUUAUCAAGUUUUUUAGAGGGACAUUCAUUUACACAUCUUCAAAAUGUUUAAAUGGGCACGAAUUUACUUGGAGUAGUCAACCAUGCCACAACACUUUGCCUUGGUCCAAUCUUUUCACAGCUACUGUCAUACUGACUAGUGGCUGCAAUGCUACCAAAGUAUUGCAAGUAUUCAAGAACAUGAACUUGCAGAUGUUCACUGCUAGAACAUACAACAGACUACAGGCAUAUUAUGUUGUACCUUCUGCGACGAAAACCUGGGAUUUUGAACAGUCCCAGUUGUUAACAGAAAUAAAGGAUGGACCAAGCCAAGAUGUUGUUGUAGGUGGAGAUGCUAGGUGCGACUCACCCGGAUACUCUGCUAAAUAUGGGACAUAUACAAUCAUGGAUCUGGAAAGGAACAAAAUUCUAGAUUUUCAGCUUGUUCAGAGUAAUGAAGUCAAAGGAUCAUCCCACAUGGAACUUGCAGGUUUGAAAAGAGCUAUGGGAUUUUUAAAAGAUCAUGUGAACAUCAAAACACUAGUCACUGAUCGCCAUUCCAUGGUCAAAAAGUACAUGAAAGACUGUCAUGCAGAGAAAAAUCAUUACUUUGAUGUCUGGCACAUUGCAAAAGGUGUAUCUAAGAAACUUGAAACAGCAUCAAAAAAGGUCAGCGGUAAGCAAAUACGACCUUGGAUUAAGUCUAUUGCUAACCAUUGCCACUGGACAGCUUCAUCAAGUGAAGAUGAUGGUGAACUGAAGCAAGCUAAGUGGGCAUCUGUUGUCAACCACAUUGCCAACAAACAUGACAACCACUCCUGGAAGUACCCUAGAUGUGAGCAUGCUCCAAUCAAUGAUGAAAGACUAUGGAUUAAAGAAGAUUCGGUCCCCUACAAGCGGAUGAAAGAAAUCAUUUUGAGCCCUUUCCUUGUAAAGGACAUUGCCAAACUUUCACCUGCUCACCAAACCUACAGCCUUGAAAUGUUCCACUCCGUGGUGAAUCACUAUGCACCAAAGAGCAUUCAUUUCUACUACCCGGCCAUGUAUGCAAGAUUGAGUGUUGCAGCUCUGCAUUUUAAUGAAAAUAGUGGAAGACAGCAGGCAACUUCCAAAUCUGGUGAAUUGCAGUAUGGAAUAUCUUAUCCGAAAGCAAAAAGGGGAUUAGAGGCAGUCGUCAAACCAAAGAAAACACCUCCAACAUUUAACUAUGUGACAAUAAUUAAACAAGCUGUUCAUGAACGGAGAAGUUCAGAGUGCCCAUCAUAUAGAUCAGCUGCACUGGAUAUUUCUGUCCUAAAUGAAGAUGUUCCAGUGCCACUCACUCCGAAUUUUGAACAUUUCGAGAAGGCAGCUUUAAUUCGCAGGCAUUCAUCAAGAUAUGCAAGAAGAUAA